UCUCCUCUACCAGAACCAGACUCCCACGCCCCCCUCCCCUCGUGUCUCAAAAGCAUAGCGCACCACCACGGGCCACGGCAAUACGGCAUCAUCUCCAAACUCCCGAGGGGGGACCAUCACCGCUGCUGAGCACGCCCGCCGCCUGCCCUUCCUCCUCCCACCCGUGCCGCAGCUUUCGAUUCCUGCCCGCCUCAUUGCUACCUGGUCGGGCCGCGGAAUUAAUGUCGCGCGGAGGAAAUCCGGUAAGCUCCGGCCCGAUUUUCAACUCUCCCCUCCCUCAUCCUCGAUUGGGGUUGAGAAAUUGAAUCAAACCCCCCACACCCACCCACCCAAAAAAGUCGCCCUUCCUCGGACGAGAUCCCCCCAAUCAGUUCUUAUUGUGGCCGAUAGAUUGAUUGCCUCACUUGCCUUCCGCUCGCUUUUGGGGUGCUAACCUAAUCGGUGACCCUCCUUGUGUGCUCGGAUUGGGUUCUCGUUCUCAUCAGCAUUGACCUCAGCGGCUUUCUUUUGGACAAUGCUGCUGUUUUACUGCUUGUUUCUACCAUCUACGGCCGUGUAGGUGUGUCCGACACGCCACAAAAACUUUUCGUUAUGUUCAGCAGGUAAACAAGUCUAGCUGAAGUGACGAUUGCCAGCAUUGUUCGACCGUGCGGCUUCUGUUUGGCUGGUUAGUUGCCAGACCUGUUCUGUGUCAGUCUAGUUCUGCUGUUCUGAACUCUCUAAACUGCUAUAUUUCCGUUACCUGAUAAUGGAAAUGGGGACUCCUCAGUUCGAGGCAAAUGGGAAUUCUGAUUUCAACUUCUUUUGUCACUUCAGGAACCGUGAUGGAUCCAGAAAAACAAAAUGAGAUGAGCCUGAUCGACAAGAGAGAACUAGUAUACGAAGUUGCAAGAUGGCCUCAAGGUGCCAUGGAGAUUCUUCGGUGCUGGACCCGCAGGGAACUUCUUGAGCUUAUUUGUGUUGAGUUGGGCAAAGAGAGGAAGUAUACCAAUGUCCCAAAAGCUAAGAUGAUUGCUUACCUAUUGAAAUUAGUUUCACGGAAUAGUGGAAAGAAUGGACAACUCAAGAAUGAUAAUCCGAAUGUUAUGUUAUUAGGGCAGGAUAACAAAGAUGAAAUACAAAUGAAGGAAUCUGAUGAACAAUCACGACCACUCAAAACUGCAAACUCUGACUCAUCAAUAAGCAGAGAGGCUUGUGCCGGUAGUUCAGUGGUGUGCAGCAAUGUUGCAUGCCAAGCCACACCAAAUGCAGGAGAUAAAUAUUGCAAACGUUGCUCUUGCUGCAUUUGCAAUAAAUACGAUGAUAACAAAGACCCUAGUUUGUGGUUGGUUUGCAGCUCUGAUAAUCCAUACAGUGGUUGUUCAUGUGGUGUCUCUUGUCACCUAAACUGUGCUCUAAAGAAUAAAAGGGCUGGCAUUGUCAAGAAUGGGUGCAACAAGUUAGACUGUAGUUUCUACUGUGUUAGUUGUGGGAAAAUCAACUGGCUAAUGAGGUGUUUGCAGAAACAACUUGCAAUUGCUAGGGAGGCAAGAAGAGUUGAUGUGCUUUGUGAGCGGUUGUCAUUGAGCCAUAAAAUAAUACAAGGGUCUGAACGUUACAAGGAAAUAGCGAGCAUAAUCAGCUCAGCUGUGAAAACACUUGAAAUAGAAGUUGGUAGUGCAUUGGAUCAGGUCUCUGUGAUCACGGGGCGUGGCAUCGUGAACCGGCUUACUUGUGGUGCUGAAGUUCAGAAGCUUUGUUCAAGUACAUUAGAAAUUGUAGACUCUAAAGUGGAUAACAUCUUGGAGUUCGAGUCCAAUAAUAGUCCAAAACUCCUAGGUCCUCAGCCCCAAAUCCUUUUUCAUGAGAUCACUCCAUUUUCUGUGGUUAUUGUGUUGAACUAUCAGCAUGACAUCGGUAAGGAGCAGAUUGAUGGUUCCAAAAUUUGGCACCGAAGUGCCAGGGUUUGCAACUAUUCAUCAGAGCCCACAUGCCACAUACUGAGGCCAAACACUAGGAGCCUGGUUUCUGGUCUGAGCCCUUCAACUGAAUACUUCUUCAAGGUUUUGCCUUUUAGCAGCACACAUGGGUUUACUGAGUGGGAGACAAAAUGCAGCACACGCAGCCUGGACCAUGGCAGCAGCCAGUGCUCAACUCAGAACUCUGAGAGCAUGUGCCUCAAAGACGAUUCAAUGCAGCAUCACAAAAAGGAUUUGAAUGUGCAGAAUCACCAGAGAACCAUUCAAUAUGAUUCACCUAAGGGUUCUACAAAUUCAAGUGAGAACAAUUUAUCAUGUGAUCGGUAUUCCAAGCGGGCUAAGGUUGCAAGGCUAGAUGGUGCAAGCGACAACGAUGAAAGCCAGUUGCCGCCAACUUCUGAAGUUUUACCAUUUGCAAGCUCCAACUCUUCUCCUUCCGAAGCUCCAAGUAAACCUGACUUGCUUAUUGGCACCCCAGAUUCGGCCUCCAAGAACUAUGUGGAGCAGCAGUACGAGUACUGCGUGAGGGUGGUCAGGUGGCUGGAGCAUGAAGGGCACAUGGACAAUGACUUCCGUGUAAAGUUCCUCACUUGGUUCAGCCUGAAGGCAACAACACAGGACAGGCGAAUCGUGGGCGCCUUUGUAGAUGUUCUCAUCGGUGAUCCUGCAAGCUUGGUUGGCCAACUGGUUGAUGCAUUCAAGGAUGCCAUCUGUAUCAAGGAGAAGCCCUCUCAAGCACAACAGAAAGAUGCAUGCUGCAAGGUUUGGCACUAGAAACCUUCAUAACUGUUCUCCAUCGCUGUGUGACGUAAGUUUUUCUGGUGACUGAAGGAUGAAAUAUUGAAGUUAUCACCUAGCAGGUUGCAUCUGAAUUGUGUCGAGACAGACAUUGGGCACUUGAGAUAAACUUUUAAGGUUAUAAAAGACGAUAAAAUGCUGUAGAUGCUUCAUUCGGCAUUCAGGUCCAUCUGAUCUCUCAUUUAUUUAUUCCAAUUCAGUCGAUACGCGGACUAUUGAUCCAUGAAGGCAAUCGUGGUGGAACCAUGUGCUGAUGAGACAUGGUUCAUGGACCGGUUGAGUUUAGGUUUCAACUAGUGAAGUAGUUGGAGUUUGUUAGCAGACAAGCAAUUGUAUGCAUGUGGAAUGCUAUCUUGGAUCUGCAAGCUAACUAAUCAUAUCAUGACUUUGGUAGAUGUUUAUUGUUAUUAGUUGAUAGUUGACUCAUUCUUUUCGUGUGACGUGUUUGAAGUGCCGGAAGUAGCAGUUCAUGUACA